AUGAACGGCACUCCACAAGGAUCUCCGUUAUCACCACUACUUUACAUCAUGUAUACCGCAGAUUCGAUGAAUGGAAUACCGACUCACACCGAACAUGGUUUAUUCGCCGACGAUGCUGCAUUAUGGACAUCUGGUCACCCUUUAUCAUCACUUAGAUCCACAUUACAAAAAACCAUCGAUGCAUUCGAAAGUUGGUGCAAGUCAUGGAAACUGAAAUUGCAACCAACAAAAACAGAGCUGAUUCACUUCACCCUACACCCAAGGAAGAAAUACCAAAAUCCAGUGAUGGUUAAAGUCGAGAACACAUUAAUCAAACCAUUGGAUCACACUCGAUACUUGGGUGUCAUUAUAGAAAAAAGGUUAAAAUGGCGAAUGCAUCUCGAACAUAUUGAAGCUAAGACUGCUCCUUGGAUCGGUCUUCUUCGAUAUCUAUCGAGAUCAGCAGAAGAACCAUACAACAAGGCGAUGAUAAAUGUCUUCAAAUCAAUUGUACGCACAGUCAUCAUAUACGGCUAUCCUGUCCUGCCCACAGCCGACCAAAAAAUAUGGGAUCGCUUACAAAUCAUGCAGAACAAAGCAAUCAGAGCUGCAUUAGGUUACCCAUAUAAACAUCGGUCAAAUACAUCCAUAAGAUCAGCAACAUCCUCAAGAUGA